CACCACCGCACACUUGGAGUCUACGGUGCGCGCGAGUUUCUAAACAGCCAUCAGACGAAUGCGCCGCCAAGGCAAAUAUACCCUCGCUGUAACCUUGGUCUUCCGUGCUUUUAUCAAGUCGUCAAAUACAAACCACCCGCUGCUUACGCGUCAAUUCCUGGACUAAGCAUGCGACUUUCGCGAAGACCGCGCUUUGGAGGCGAAGUUUCCCUUUAGCCUCCUAUCUGACGUCCAGCACAGAUUGAGGGGUAAACCUUUUUCAUAUAUCCCAACAUGCGAAGUAUCGGCCUAUGGCCCUGGUUCAAGGACCAGGGGCUUAUUCCCCUCGAGAUGCCCUUUGCCGUUUGCAACCUGCCACGAGUAAUGCGACUUCUCCAGAGCGACAUCUCAGCCAAGAGAACGCCCCUACCCGCCUUCCAACUAAAGAUAAACGCCCAGUAUCUCGAACAAAAGUGCAUCGCACUGAUCAUAGAAGCCUGCGGCAACGCAAGAGUGCGGCACGAAGGCUGCCAGCAAUGCUUCUCCCUUGGCUUGGAGUGCAUUACUGCGUAUGGCCUAGGCCCGGUCGCUGAAGAGGUGGCCAAUCAUAGCUGCGCUCGAUGUCUCUUCAACGAGAAGAGUUGCAUGGGACCCGGGAAAACGUGUAGCCUACGCGACCAAAAUUCCGCUGGCAAUCCAGCUCCUAAACCCUCACAGGCCCGGGAUGGCUCGAUACCUCAGAGAACAUACGUGGACCUUACGUGGGAGCAUCCGACACAAUCAGGCGCCGGAUCAGGUAGUGCCGGCGCAUCAUCUACGGCUGUUCUGAGUGCGACGCCAACCACAGACAAGACUCAACAUCCGGCCGCUGCAAAUCCGAAUCGCCCUUUACCGAUAAUUCCACAGAAGCGCCAGGCUACAGAUGUGCCUAGAAUCAACACCCAAGGCCUCGUUGCCCAACGCAGGGCUCAACCGAUACCAAAUCAGCAACCGUCAUAUGGCCAGACUGAUGCUCCUCGUCUUCUUGAACCAAGCAGACAACCCAGACGUCGAUACUUGGCCCCUAAGGUGACUCAACAAGCACCUGGUGUUAGUGCGGCUGCAAACUCAUUGACUCUGACCCAACAAACCCCUAGUCAGACUCGUCAAUACAUAUGGCAGCCUCCCACCCCAGUAGCGCAACAGGAAACACCAUACCCCCAUGAUGCUACGCAGCCACCCAUGAAGCGAAAGCGAGGGCGGCCACCCAAAAACAGAAAUGCCCAGUCUCGGCCCCCGAUGCAAGUUUGGGUUGGAAAUGUGCCUAUUGAACAGUACUCCGAUGAACAGUUGGCGGCAGGGAUUAGUGUCUUCACCGCAGAACUGAACCGUCGGAAAUUUGGUACGCAGUACCCGGAACACUUCAGCCCAAGACGGGCGAUUUUCACACCGGCUAUGCCGGUAACUAUACCCCAAGUGUCAGCUCCGUUGGGGAGUUCCCAAGUCCACUCCCAGGACCGUUUGCAGGCAACAGCGAGUGAUCCGUCGCGGGCAGUCUCGGGAUAUGGCUCAGGGGUAUAUCAGACUAAUCUGUCCGGUCCCUCUCAAAUCUCUGGUACGCAGCCACAAACCUCGCAGGGAGGCUCUAUGGGUGCCAGCCAUGGCAAGGAUAUGACAUCUCCCAGCACCACCUCACAGCUCAUAUCCCCGCCGUCGUCGUUGGGGCCACGGCAUUCACCCUUACCCCUCGAGUCUGCCCAAGAAAGUCGAGCUACUGGCUCUGCAAACGGCACCACUCCACUGCAGCAAGAAACGACGGUGCAAAAGUCGACCAAAAGCGGCAGUGUUGCCAACAGCUCGACCCAGGCGAAGCUUGGAACGGGCGAUUCGUCAGAGCCCACGCUCGCAAGCACCUCUGGCCCGUCCACCACCCCGUGGGGACAAGUCUCUCGCAGCCCAUCCGAGGUUGCCUCGGUGCGCCCGUCGGACGGCCCCGCUGUGUUCAUUAAGAAUGAAACGGGCAACGGGAUGCCGCCGACAGGGCAGCCAGCAAGCAUCGCUACUGCCGCGCUUUGCCUCGCUACUAACUUGGCCAAGUCGGAGGAGGGCGGCGGUGGAGGCGACCAGCGACAAUCAUCACCUCGAGUUAAGAUCGAGAGGGAUUGAUGAAAAGGCGUCUCCGCGUCCAAGCUUUCGUUGACAAAGCAACGUUCGCUUGCUGGGGUAUAUAAUGUAUAGGUAUAAAUGAUAUAGGUAUAUGAAUAAUGUGAAAUGUGGUCAGGAUCGAG